GUUUUGGACUGGCCCGUGUAGGAUUUGGGCCCGUUAAGGGUUGCCGCUAAACCCAACGUGAUAAUCCCAAACUGCCGCAGCAGUCGUCACUCCACCGCUGCUUCACAUGGCGUUCUCAAAUCCUUCUUCCCUCUUAUCUUCUUGCUCGGUUCACAGACUCAAUCCCCUCCUCUUCACUCACCGCCGUCAAACCAUCAUACUUUCUCGUUGGCACAUCAAUCGCUCGCGCCCUAGGUUCCUCGCUGUUGCUGCAGCAGAGAACGGUGUUUUUACUUCACCAGAGAUUGCAAAGUCCUUUGAUUUUUCUUCGGAGGAACGGAUAUACAACUGGUGGGAGUCUCAUGGGUAUUUCAAACCAAAAUUUGUCAGAGGAAGUGAUCCUUUUGUAGUUCCGAUGCCACCUCCUAAUGUUACUGGUUCGUUGCACAUGGGGCAUGCUAUGUUUGUCACACUUGAGGAUAUUAUGGUUAGAUACAAUCGAAUGAAGGGAAGACCUACACUCUGGCUUCCUGGAACCGAUCAUGCUGGUAUUGCAACUCAGUUGGUUGUAGAAAGAAUGCUGGCAACUGAAGGAAUAAAAAGGAGUGAGUUGGGCAGAGAUGAGUUCACAAAUCGAGUUUGGGAGUGGAAAGAGAAGUACGGUGGAACCAUUGCAAAUCAGAUCAAGAGACUUGGUGCUUCUUGUGAUUGGUCCAGAGAACAUUUCACCCUUGAUGAGCAGCUAAGUCGCGCUGUAAUUGAAGCUUUUGUUCGGCUUCAUGAGAAAGGCCUAAUAUACCAAGGAUCUUACAUGGUCAACUGGUCCCCUAGCUUGCAAACUGCAGUCUCAGACUUGGAAGUAGAAUAUUCUGAAGAACCUGGUACUCUGUACUAUAUAAAGUAUCGUGUUGCAGGAGGCUCAAGAAGUGACUAUGUCACGAUUGCGACGACACGCCCAGAGACUUUAUUUGCCGAUACAGCUAUUGCAGUGAACCCUCAGGAUGAGCGUUACUCGAAGUAUAUUGGAAGGCAGGCUAUUGUACCGAUGACAUUUGGUCGUCACGUCCCUAUUAUUUCUGACAAGUACGUUGAUAAAGACUUUGGGACUGGUGUGUUGAAGAUAAGCCCCGGUCAUGAUCACAAUGACUACCUUCUUGCACGAAAGCUUGGUCUUCCCAUACUUAAUGUGAUGAAUAAGGAUGGCACGCUCAAUGAAGUUGCUGGAUUGUACUGUGGCCUUGAUCGCUUUGAGGCACGGAAAAAGCUAUGGACAGAUCUUGAGGAGACAGGUUUAGCUGCCAAAAAGGAGCCCCACACACUGCGAGUUCCCAGAUCACAACGUGGUGGAGAGAUAAUAGAACCUCUAGUGAGUAAGCAAUGGUUUGUAACCAUGGAGCCCUUGGCUGAAAAGGCCUUGAAAGUUGUUGAGAGUGGAGAAUUGACAAUUAUGCCUGAAAGAUUUGAGAAGAUAUACAACCAUUGGCUAUCGAAUAUCAAAGAUUGGUGUAUAAGCAGACAAUUGUGGUGGGGACACCGUAUACCAGUUUGGUACAUUGAGGGAAAAGACUGUGAAGAGGAUUACAUUGUUGCUAGGAGUGCCAAAGAAGCUCUUGACAAAGCUCGUGAGAAGUAUGGAAACGUUGACAUAUAUCAGGAUCCUGAUGUUCUUGACACUUGGUUCUCAAGCGCGUUAUGGCCGUUUAGUACCCUGGGAUGGCCAGAUGCUUCAGCUGAGGAUUUUAAGAACUUCUAUCCAACCACAGUACUUGAAACUGGGCAUGACAUAUUGUUCUUUUGGGUGGCACGCAUGGUGAUGAUGGGGAUUGAGUUCACCGGGACAGUUCCUUUUUCGAAUGUUUACCUGCAUGGGCUUAUACGAGAUGCGCAAGGGCGGAAGAUGUCUAAAACAUUGGGAAAUGUCAUAGAUCCAAUUGAUACAAUAAAAGACUAUGGCACCGAUGCUUUGCGAUUCACACUUGCAUUAGGAACUGCUGGUCAGGAUCUGAACUUAUCAAUGGAGAGAUUGACUGCCAACAAGGCGUUCACUAACAAAUUGUGGAACGCUGGCAAAUUUGUGUUGCAGAAUCUGCCAAGUCAAAGUGAUAAUUCUGCUUGGGAAACUUUGUCGUCUUAUAAAUUUGAUCUCGAGGAAUCUCUGCUUAAGCUACCUUUACCAGAGUGUUGGGUGGUCUCAAAACUUCAUAUGCUUGUUGACUCAGUCACCACAAGUUAUGACAAGUACUUCUUUGGAGAUGUUGGAAGAGAAAUAUACGAUUUCUUUUGGGGUGAUUUUGCUGAUUGGUAUAUUGAAGCCAGUAAAGCUCGCCUUUACCAAUCAGAAGAUCAAUCUGUUGCUUCAAUAGCACAGGCAGUUCUUCUGUACGUUUUUGAAAAUAUUUUGAAAAUGCUUCAUCCGUUCAUGCCAUUUGUAACUGAAGAACUGUGGCAGGCGCUCCCAAAUAGGAAAGAAGCUCUUAUAGUGUCAUGCUGGCCACAGACUUCACUUCCAAGGGACGUAAACUCAGUAAAACGAUUUGAGAAUUUACAAGCUCUGACAAGAGGAAUUCGCAAUGCUCGAGCAGAAUAUUCUGUUGAGCCGGCAAGGCGUAUAUCUGCAUCUAUAGUUGCAAAUUCUGAAGUCAGACAGUAUGUUGCGAAUGAAAAGGAAGUUUUAGCUCUUCUUUCGAGGCUAGAUUUGCAGAAUGUCCAUUUUGUGGAAUCUGCACCAGGUGAUGCAAAUCAAUCAGUCCAUCUUGUCGCUGGUGAAGGUCUAGAAGCAUAUCUUCCUCUUGCUGAUAUGGUAGAUGUUUCAUCUGAAGUGGAACGCCUCACCAAGCGCCUUUCAAAGAUGCAAGCGGAGUAUGAUGCACUUGUUGCUCGCUUGAAGUCUUCUAACUUUGUAGAGAAAGCUCCAGAGGAAAUCGUACGCGGGGUUCAAGAAAAGGCAGCAGAAACAGGAGAGAAAUUAACUCUCACUAAAAAACGCUUAGAUUUCCUCAUAUCAACAGUUUUGGUCUCAAAAUAGGUGUAAGUUGGGGAUAUUUUGCAGAGCUGCACAUUUUCCAAUGGAGCACCUGUCCGCAAUCUCAUUUUUAAGCAUUUCAGUUGUGCAACUUUUGUGGCAGUUGCAAUCCAGAUAAUCUUCUGGAGGCUGAAGCGCCCCCGUCAAUUCAUACAGGUCACAAAGUGACGAUCUCCUUAACAGUGAUUAAAUGGAGCCAAGACACAAUUCAUGCUAGAUUGUGGGAUGAUUCUGGCGUCGAAAUUUUGGAUUUGUCCAUUUUUUUGUAGUCAUUGUUAACUUAAAAGCCCAAAUAUUAGGCGUGAGGUUUAGGCAGGUUGAGCUCAGCUCCAGGGCUCCUCAUGUAUUUAUUGCAUCUUUCUGCUUUAAGCAAAUAUUUAGGAAACGCAAGAGAAUACAAAUUCGUAAGCAAAUAUUCCCAUAAAAUUUACAGUUCAUUCUCACAA